GACGAUCAGAGUUAUAUCUUCUCAAGGAUCGAUAUACAUUGCCUUCUGUUAGAUGCAAAUGGAGAGCCCAAAAUCACCUCUUCAACCCCCAACUUACGGAAACUUAGUUACAAUCCUCAGCAUCGAUGGUGGUGGCAUUAGAGGGAUUAUUCCUGCCACUAUCCUUACUUUUCUGGAAUCGGAACUUCAGAAACUGGACGGAGAAGAAGCGAGGCUUGCAGACUACUUUGAUGUUAUGGCAGGAACAAGCACCGGUGGUCUGGUUACUGCCAUGCUCACUGCUCCUAACAAGGAAGGUCGGCCCUUGUUUGCAGCCUCUGAGAUCAAAGAAUUUUAUCUUGAGCACUGUCCAAAAAUCUUUCCACAAGAUCAUUUCCCAUUCUCUGCCACCAAAAACUUGAUGAAGUCCUUGACUGGUCCAAAGUAUGAUGGUGAAUACCUUCAUCAACUUAUUCAUGCCAAGCUGGGUGAUACAAGGUUGCAUCAAACACUUACCAACAUUGUCAUUCCAACGUUCGAUAUCAAGCAUCUUCAACCUACUAUAUUUAGUAGUUACGAGGUGAAGAAAAAUCCUCUCAAGAACGCAACCCUCGCUGACAUAACCAUCUCAACUUCAGCAGCCCCUACAUACUUGCCUGCCCAUUUCUUCAAAACUCAAGACUCAGAUGGAAACAUAAAAGAAUACAAUCUUAUUGACGGGGGAGUUGCAGCAAACAAUCCGGCUUUGGUGGCCAUUGGGGAGGUGACAAAAGAGAUAACAAGAGGGAGCAGUGACUUUUUCCCGAUAAGACCAAAUGAUUACGGAAGGUUUCUUGUGCUUUCUCUUGGAACUGGAACUCGUAAAUCAGAAGAGAAAUUUAAUGCAAAUGAAGUAGCUGGAUGGGGAAUGUUGAGUUGGUUAACACACGACAACUCUACACCUCUUAUUGAUGCUUUCAUGCAAGCUAGUUCCGAUAUGGUUGAUUUUCAUCUCUCUGCCGUUUUCCGAGCUCUUCAUUCUGAAGCCAACUAUAUUCGAAUCCAGGAUGAUACAUUAAAUGGGGAUGCUGCUUCUGUUGAUAUUUCUACCGUUGAGAAUCUCGACAUUCUCGCCAAGACAGGAGAUGAACUACUCAAGAAACCUGUUUCAAGAGUUAAUCUUGAGUCGGGCUGUAAUGAAAAUGCUUAUGAAGUGACCAAUGAAAAGGCCCUCAUAAAGUUAGCAGGAAUACUUUCAAAAGAAAAGAAGAUCCGAGAUUUGCGAUCUCCUCAUGAAAAUGCGCCAAAUAAAAAAUAAAAGAUCAGUUAUUUAUUUUACCAAAAAAAGAGAUCAAUUAUUUAAUCUUUCUGUAGUUUUUUUUUUUUAUUGUUUAUUUUCUUAUCUAUUGUUGAUAACUUGUUUGGUUCACUAACGCAAGUUUGGUUUUUAUAAUAAUAAAUGAUUGCCGCUC